AUGCCUCCCAAUUUGAUGCACUCCGAUGCGUUUGAUGUUAUACCUUUCGAUGACAUCAAGGGCGACUGGAAGAAGUUGGGCUCGGGGUCGUUCGGGAAUGUGUACAAAGGAAAUUACCUUGGAAUCGACGUCGCGAUCAAGGAGGUUCUUCCGUCUAAUGACUACGAUGUCGCGAAGUACUUUGAGCGCGAAUGGCGGUUAAUGAAGGAAGCGCGACACCCUAAUGUCGUUCUGUACCUCGGUCUCUCUCAAGCGCCCGAUGGCCGCAUCUUCAUCAUUUCGGAGUUCAUUGACAAUGGUAAUCUGCGACUCUACAUCCACGACAAGUCCAAACCGUUUCCAUGGCGGCUACGUAUAUCCUUCGCGACUGACAUAGCACGCGCAUUGGCCUACCUCCACGCGCGAAAGUGCAUCCAUCGGGACCUCAAGGGCGAGAACUUAUUGGUGACUGCAAAUGGUCGUCUCAAGAUCACGGACUUCGGCUUUGCGCGUAUCGCUGCUCGCAACGCAGAAGAAUCGAAGCGACUCACGUUCUGUGGCACUGACUCGUACAUGUCGCCGGAGAUCCUAACUGGCACGGAGUUCGACUUGCCGACGGACAUUUUCUCCCUGGGCGUCAUCUUCUGCGAGAUCGCUGCGCGACGUCUGGCAGACGACAACACGUUCCGACGGACGCCACCGCUUUUCGAGAUCGACCCGGACGAAUUGCGCCACUUAGCUAGCCCGGGCUGUCCGCCUGCGUUUCUUCAGCUCGCGCUUGACUGUCUUGCACAGGACCCAGCGCUGCGCCCGAACACACGCAUGAUUAUGGAUAAGCUGCGGGAGAUCGAGGCUGAGGUGCUUUCGCGCCCGUCCGAGGCGGACGACAUGCAUCUCGGAACCGUCAAAUUCAUGACAGGUGGCCAGCGGCGAGCCGGCGCUGCACCUCGGAUACCGAGCUUUGGGAUGGGCGUCGGAAAAGACAUACGCUCGUCAUCGACAUUAGAGGUGCACUCAAGCGACGAGAGCGCGGAUAGUGACGAAGAGUAUGCGCAGACCAUCGAGACGUUGAGUCAUGUCGAUCUGAACAGCGUGUGGGGUGAUACAGUGGCAGGUAGAGGCGAUAGCGGACAACCAUUACUCGAUGGUACAUCUAGUACCCAUUCGGACUAUAGUACCACGGUCAUCAAAUCCCAUGCGCCUAGCACCGAGUCUUUCGCCCCUUCUCUAUCAUCUAUCAUGACUAUCCGCCCACCGACCACGGCGGACCCUGCGCCCAUAGGAGCGGAAGCGCCUACUCCGGCCGAGUCGCUGUUGUCCAUCGAGUCCUACUACACAGCGUCGUCGUCGUCGAUCUCUGCUGCCGUCGCCACGGAGGGCGGUUCCACAAUUCGCAGUUCCAGCCUGCCUCUUGUUCACCGUUUCUCGCUGUUGAAACCUGGCGCGAAGCGUACAGGUGCGGCAGAGGCGCGGAGCAGAAGUGGGUCGCCGACGCCGGCGGAUGCGCUCUGGAGUAGGAACCCGCUCGAGUUCAUCUUUUCGAGUACUCUGCUGGCCGCGAAGUGCGACAUCUGUGGUAAGAGACUGGGAUGGAAGCCCGUCCUCGAGUGCGACGACUGCGGUCUGCGUGCUCACGUCAAGUGCGGGGAGAAUGCGCCGAUGGACUGUGGGAUUCGUCCCCCUCAUCUAGGCGCACACAACAACGGAGCACCCUCUACCCCGCCGUCGCCCGCGGGCAAGCCCAAGACCAACGGCAAGACUUCUUCCCCGAAGUGA